UGCGUGAGCUGUACGUCCGCCCUUUCCCGCAUCACAUGACCAGAAACCUGCUUCCUCUACGGCUCCUGAAAGGGGCCAGUCCUGGCCGUUCUCGCGUCUCUGCUGGCCCGCUGAGGGCCGCUUGGCCGGUGCUUUGCCCCGGCGCCUCAGUGCGCUCGGCCAACGGCCUCUAAGAGCGCUCACCCGAGCGCCCCGGGAGCCAGCGGGCGGCGGCCCUCUCUGGGACUCUCCAGCGGGCCCAGGGGAACAAAAGUGGCUCUAACUCCAGCACRUGCACAGUGAAGCAAGUUGAAGGAUUUAAUAUGAAGCACAGAAGCAGAUAGUGCCAAACAGCAAGCAGUAGUUGGUACACAUUUCUGGAAAAGCAGUGUCCGUGUUGUUAUGUACACCUCCAAAAAAAAGUUCAGAUCUGUAGGGGAAUUGUUGUGUAAAGUAAACUGAACUACAGGGUAGCAGUAUUUUAAUAGCUAUUGUAGACGUGUAUUUACUGUAUUAAAAUGAGUAAAAGAUCAAGCAGUGACACACCACUAGGAAGGGUAAGUGGGGCAGCAUUUCCUUCACCCACUGCUGCUGAGAUGGCAGAAAUUAGUCGAAUUCAGUAUGAAAUGGAAUAUACCGAAGGUAUUAGUCAGCGAAUGAGGGUCCCUGAAAAACUAAAAGUAGCACCACCAAAUGCUGACCUGGAACAAGGAUUUCAAGAAGGAGUUCCAAAUGCUAGUGUGAUAAUGCAAGUUCCAGAGAGGAUUGUUGUAGCAGGAAAUAAUGAAGACAUUUCAUUUUCAAGACCAGCAGAUCUUGACCUUAUUCAGUCAACUCCCUUUAAGCCUCUGGCACUAACAACACCACCUCGUGUACUUACACUAAGUGAAAGACCACUAGACUUUCUGGAUUUAGAAAGAUCUCCUCCUACACCUCAAAAUGAAGAAAUCCGUGCAGUUGGCAGGCUAAAAAGAGAGCGCUCUAUGAGUGAAAAUGCUGUUCGCCAAAAUGGACAGCUGGUCAGAAACGAUUCCAUGUGGCACAGAUCAGAUUCUGCCCCGAGAAAUAAAAUUUCAAGGUUCCAGGCAUCGAUUUCUGCACCGGAAUACACUGUGACACCAUCGCCACAACAGGCUCGGGUCUGUCCUUCCCAUAUGUUACCUGAAGAUGGAGCUAAUCUUUCCUCUGCUCGUGGCAUUUUGUCGCUUAUCCAGUCUUCUACUCGUAGGGCUUACCAGCAGAUCUUGGAUGUGCUGGAUGAAAAUCGCAGACCUGUGUUGCGCGGUGGGUCUGCUGCCGCCACUUCUAAUCCUCAUCAUGACAACGUCAGGUAUGGCAUUUCAAAUAUAGAAACAACAAUUGAAGGUUCAUCAGAUGACAUGACUGUUGUAGAUGCAGCUUCAUUAAGACGCCAGAUAAUCAAACUAAAUAGACGUCUACAACUUCUAGAAGAGGAGAACAAAGAGCGUGCUAAAAGAGAAAUGGUCAUGUAUUCAAUUACUGUAGCAUUCUGGCUGCUUAAUAGCUGGCUCUGGUUUCGCCGCUAGAGGUAACUUCAGCACUCAAAUAUAUUGUUUCAACAGCUGGAAAUAUAAAAGAUUUGCAAACUUCUUUGUUUCUGUCUUUGCAUUGUAUGCCGUUUUAUAGUUCAUGCUCUGAAAAUGUAUUUCUUCCAGAAAGUAGGGUGAAAGGACCUAUAUUUGUAGAAGUAAAGGUAUAUUCUGUCACUUAGUUGUAUUCACUUUAAAUCAGUUCUGCAGCAACACUUACAUAAAAUUCUCCUUUUGCAUGUUUUGUAAAUAGGGUCCAGUUUGUGUUUUUAAAAUGAAAUUAAUUUUUUGCCUCAUCAGUCUAAACAACUAAUUCUGUGAAAGGAAGACAGAAUGCAUAAAGGGUGGAUUAAGAAAAGUAUCUGUAGAAGAAAAACAAUGUUUGUCCUGUUUCUCACAGUUUUGUUGGUAGACAUUUUUGCAUCCAUAUUUUAACAUUAACAUUUGAAGUCAUGGUCUGGUGCCAGAUUUAAGAAAAUCAAACCACCUAAUAUUUCAUGAUCACCUGUAUAGAUUAAAUUAAAAUAUGCCUAACAGUUCAGCAGUUUAAUAUGUGUGCAUUAUGUUGCGUUUUUAUUUUCAUUUUAGUUUUGCAGAUGGUUUUCUAUAAAAUACGUUUUUACUAAGUCCAUGUGUGAAUGAUUUAAAAACUACAGAAUAAGGAACAAUUGUAGUGUAUUUAAUAAACUGUCAACCAAAG